AUGGGCUUCCGCUGGCUUCUUCGCUCCUUACAACUUGCAUUAAUUGCAAAGACUGCCUAUGCAGCAUUCAGCUUGACCGAGUCUGGUAACAACUUCAUCGUCGACACGAACGCCGGCCUCAUCUUCACCGUGCAAAGAAACACCGGCGAUAUUACAUCUUUGCGAUUCAACGGUAUCGAGGUGCAAGACCAGGGCAGCAAGAAGAGUCACAUUAACUCUGGCCUUGGCGCUAGCUGUACUCAUUGGCGGGGCGGAAAUAGCAACAACUACAUUAAGAUCACUUGCACCGCUGGCAGCGUAACUCAGUACUACAUCGCCCGUUACAAUGACCCCGCCAUUCACAUGGCUACUUAUACCACUGCCCAACCCUCCGUCGGCGAGUUACGCUUUAUCGCCCGUCUCCGCAGAGCAGCUGUCCCCAAUGGCUACCGCGCCGCAGAGAUCGUUGGCGGCACGGCUAUCGAGGGCAGUGAUGUCUUCCGAGUUGGCUCUGAGACCAGGUCAAAAUAUUAUUCCUCCCGCCAAUUUAUCGACGACAAAAUCCAUGGUGUGACUGGUCCUGGAAUUGGGGUCUGGAUGAUUAUUACCGAGACUGGAUAUGAAAGCAGCUCUGGGGGACCCUUCAUGCGUGAUAUCAAUAACCAAGGAGGGGAUCAACAGGAACUUUAUUACUACAUGAACUCUGGCCACACCCAAACUGAGAAUUUCCGCACCGGCUUCCAUGGACCUUACGCACUCUGGUUCACAACCGGCGCCCAACCUUCAGAGAGCAUCAACACCCUCUUCUGGCAACAAGUCGAUAUCCCACAUGUCGUUCCCACUUCUGGUCGCGGUCGUGUAACAGGUCGAGCCUCCGGCGUCCCAUCCAACUUCGCCGGCCUCCAGGUCGUCGGCUUCAGCAAUGGUGUUGCUCAGUACUGGACCCGUGCCUCGUCAAACGGACAAUUCACCUCGCCUUACAUGAAGCCUGGAACAUAUGUCAUGACAUUGUAUAAGGUCGAAUUGGCUGUGGCAAGCCAGACUGUCACAAUCGGUGCUGGUUCUACCAUCACUUCCAACAUUGCUUCCACGGAGUCCAACCCUUCCGUCAUCUGGCAACUUGGUGACUUCGACGGCACCCCUCGCGGAUUCUUGAACGCCGAGUAUGUCCAUUUCUCUAAAAUCGAGACUAUGCACCCAAGCGACCCUCGCAUGCGUUCUUGGGGCCCUGUCACCUUCAACGUCGGGGACUCCAUCGGCAACUUCCCCAUGGCGCUCUUCAAGGCAAUCGGCCCAGUCACUAUCCGCUUCAACCUCAACUCGAACCAGCUCGGCGCGCGUACUUUGGAGAUCGGGACUACUCUCGCUUUUGCUGGCGGCAGACCACAAGUGAGAGUUAACAACUGGAAUGGACCGAACCCACCCGCUCCUUCCCAGCCCAACUCCCGAGGUGUAACCCGUGGUACCUGGAGAGGCAACAACACCCGCUACGUCGUCAACAUCCCCGCUGGAACACUCGUCGCUGGUACUAACACGAUCGUGAUUAACGUCAUCUCUGGAUCUUCUGGAGACGGAUUCUUGUGA